GUGCCACCUGAUUGAAUUCAAUGCCGACAGGUCCCGAUUCCCAACAGUUAUUAGAGCCAGCAAGUAACUUACAAACAAAAGUAACCGACACUUUCCAGCGAUCGAGCAAGCAAGUCACGCAGUGGGGGGUCGCUCCCAAUUGUUCAAGUCUUCCCAUUUGUUUCUCUGAUCCACUCGCUGUCUUUCCUUCAUUACUCUGAAAAUGGGGUUAAUUUCGGGGGUUUUCAUGGGAAUGGUAUUCGGGAUUGCAUUGAUGGCUGGAUGGAAACAAAUGAUGCGGUACCGAAGCACCAAGCGAAUUGCUAAGGCUGUCGAUAUAAAACUCCUUGGAUCCCUUAAUCGAGAUGAUUUGAAGAAAAUUUGCGGAGAUAAUUUUCCUGAAUGGAUAUCUUUCCCCAUCUUUGAACAGGUAAAAUGGCUAAACAAGCAACUGAGCAAAUUGUGGCCUUACGUUGCAGAUGCAGGAGAAAUGGUAAUAAGAGAAUCUGUUGAGCCACUUCUAGAAGAAUACAGACCACCUGGAAUUACUUCGCUUAAGUUCAGCAAAUUAUCUCUUGGUAAUGUGGCACCCAAAAUUGAAGGUAUUCGUGUUCAGAGCCUUAAGAAAGGUCAAAUUACUAUGGAUAUUGACUUUCGGUGGGGUGGUGAUCCAAGCAUCAUAUUAGGAGUUGAAGCUGCUCUUGUUGCUUCAAUACCCAUUCAGCUGAAGGAUCUUCAAGUUUUCACUGUCGUUCGUGUUAUCUUCCAACUUGCUGAAGAUAUACCUUGUAUUUCUGCUGUUGUUGUUGCCCUCCUUUCCGAGCCCAAGCCUAGAAUCGAUUAUACUCUGAAGGCUGUUGGUGGAAGCUUAACAGCUAUCCCUGGACUUUCAGAUAUGAUUGAUGAUACCGUGAAUUCAAUUGUCACAGACAUGCUCCAGUGGCCCCAUCGGAUUGUUGUUCCAAUUGGUGGUAUACCUAUUGAUACAAGUGAACUAGAGCUUAAACCACAAGGAAAGAUUGCCUUGACAGUUGUGAAGGCAAAUGAUUUGAAGAACAUGGAAAUGAUUGGAAAAUCUGAUCCUUAUGUUGUUGUGUAUAUUCGGCCACUCUUCAAGGUCAAAACAAAGGUUGUUGAAAACAACCUCAAUCCUGUUUGGAAUCAAACAUUUGAGUUGAUUGCAGAAGACAAGGAGACACAGACCCUUAUACUCGAGGUCUUUGAUAAGGACAUUGGGCAAGACAAGAGAUUGGGAAUAGUAAAGCUACCCUUGAUUGAGCUUGAAGCUGAUAUCCUAAAAGAGAUUGACUUGAGACUGCUACCAUCACUUGACAUGCUGAAAAUAAAAGAUAAGAAGGAUAGAGGAACAAUUACAAUCAAGGUCUUGUAUCAUGAAUUUAACAAGGAAGAGCAGUUGAUCGCCCUAGAAGAAGAGAAGAGGAUCCUAGAAGAAAGAAAGAAACUGAAACAAGCGGGAGUCAUAGGGAGUACAAUGGAUGCAGUUGACGGAGCAGCAUCAUUGAUUGGGUCUGGUACUGGAAUGGUGGGUACUGGUCUUGGUGCUGGGGUUGGACUUGUGGGAAGUGGCAUUGGCGCUGGAGUUGGGAUUGUUGGGAGUGGCCUUGGAGCUGUUGGCAGUGGGCUGACCAAAGCAGGAAAGUUCAUGGGCAGAACCAUUACAGGGCAAUCGAGCCACCCCAGGAGGAGUGGCUCCACAACUCCAGUGAAUAGUGUCCAAGAAAAUGGUGGUGCCAAGCCACUGUAGCUCCUUACAGAGUUGCUGCCAAAGUAUGUGAACUGACCUUGUUUGAACGCUUUAAUGACUGGAGUUAUCUAUUGCUUGUUUUUUUUAACCAUUGUAUCUUCUCCAAUCCUCGCAUCUGCUGGUAUGGGAAACAAUGCACGGUGUUUAUCCAUUUUCUUGGUUUCAGCUGUAUCAUCCUGUAGUCCUUUUGACGAUCUUCCUUGCUUAGCUGCAUUUGUCAAACACUAAUGUAGUUCUCUAUACUUAUCUACUUCUGACUUCCACCUCACUUCACCUAAAUGAAUUGGUUGUAAAUAAAUUAUUUAUGAAUUAGUUCUCUAUACUUAUCAACAACCAAUUUAUGAAUUA